AUGCGGAGAGCUGCAAGCUUGGUCACCGCGGCUUUGUUAUGGGCAGGGAUCCGAUCCGAGUCUCCCGCCCCAUCCGCUUCCCCCUUUCCAGUGGUCGGUGUCAAAAGUGGGAUAAACAAACGCACAGGAGAGGCGCCGGCAAGACUCAACGUCAAGACGCUAUGGGCGCGGGGAGGGCCGCAAUGGGAUCUCUACAUGCUCGCCCUGGCCGAACUUCAAGCCAUGAACGAGACCGACGAGCUUUCUUACUUUGGACUUACAGGAGUCCAUGGGUUUCCUCACAGUGCGUGGAACGGAGUCGGCAAUGUAGACGGCGCCCCCGUCACGGGGUUCUGCCCUCACGGUCAAGUUCUGGUCUCCCGCGCGGCAAGAAUAGCAAAUGAGUAUCCCCCAAACCUCAAGACUGAGUACGUGGCAGCCGCCCAGACUCUUCGGCAACCCUACUGGGACUGGGCUUCUGAUCCCGCUUUGCCACCCGCCGUUUAUGCUGUCAACAUCUCCGUCAGAGCGCCGAGCGGCAGGAGGAGAAUCCCCAAUCCUCUGUACAGCUAUCGGUACCAGCAGCCCAACGUUGUCUCCAGCUUCGGCGGUUUCCUGGGGACGUAUCCCCAAACGAUCAGAUGUCUUGGCGAUGGGAACACUUUCUGCAAUAUCACUACAUCCAACCACGCGAUGGCCAAAGUGGCACAGGAUUUAAUGAGUGAUGUGUAUGAUAUCUUUGCCAGGACCAGAGUUUUCGACAAUACCGGGUGGCGAAUUUCGAGCCUCGAGUUCCCUCACAAUCUAGUCCAUGCAAUGUCACAUCCCAAGACCCUUUUUGCUGACGGAAACAGCAUGUUGCACCACAGCAAUGUCGACCGCCUUGUAGCCUUGUGGCAGACAAUUUAUUACACCGAAGCCGUAUUUAAUGUCACAGCUUACUCGACCGGCCAAUAUGGUACCCCGAGGGGGACUAAUAUCACGGCCGAAAGUCCGCUGAAGCCCUUCUUCGACGAGAACCUGAACUUCCACACGACCAUCUCGGUGGCCAACAUCUCCAGGUUUGGGUACACUUACCCAGAAAUGCCAGACUGGAGGAUGCCACCAGAGGAGCGCGCCAGCCACGUUACGGCGUACAUCAACUCGCUCUAUAGCCAUAGUGACAAUGGCCUGCCUCUUCCUGUCAUACUGAGACUUGCCGCCGGGGAUAUUGUAAUAGGGCGUGUAUCGUUGCUAAGCAUGCCCGUCGAUGGUGUGGCAUCGAUCAGCGUACCGCUGAAGAAUGUGAUGGUGGGGGACCAUACGUUGAAAGAUUCCCCGAUGGGAGAGGCGAUAAGUUUCCUGGAGCGAGAGUUGAGGUUUGUGAUACAGAGGAGUGACGGCGAAGACGUUUCAUUCGACUCAGUACCCAGCCUCAAACUCCAGAUUCAGAACACGGCGUACUUAGCUCGGGCGAACAACUCGAGCUUUCCGGCUUUUGGAAAUACGACAAGAUGGUCGAUUGAUUUGCGUCAGAACGAGCGUUAA